AUGUCGUCCUCCGAUCGACACCCACCCUCAGACGAGGAAAAAACGAAGAGACGGAAACGAAUAAACGUCUCGGUCGGGAUAUUAGGCCACGUGGACUCCGGGAAAACCUCCUUAGCGCGAGCGCUUUCGACGUCGUUUUCAACCGCCUCGUUGGAUAAAAACCCGCAAUCGAAACUGCGUGGGAUUACGCUCGACUUAGGGUUCAGUUCAUUCGUGAACAGACGAGAGAUUUUAACGAGAGAUGGUAAAGAAACGGUCGAAGUGGACGUGUGUUACACGAUGGUGGACUGUCCCGGGCACGCGUCGCUGAUUAAAACCGUCCUCGGGGGCGCGAGUAUUAUCGAUUGCAUGAUUUUAGUCGUGGAUGUGAACAAAGGCAUCCAAACGCAAACGGCGGAGUGCGUCGUCGUCGGGGAGAUUGCGGUGAAGAAAUUGAUCGUGUGCUUGAAUAAAAUAGACUCGAUAGAGGACGAGGAGAAGAGGAAGGCGAAAAUAGUGCAAGUGGAGAAGAAGAUACGGAUGGCGUUGUCGAAAUCGAAAUUCGCGAGUCUCGAUUUCGUGGCGACGAGCGCCAGGCCGGGGGGAGGGAACGAUCAAGACGUUGGGUCGAAAGAGACCGAGGCGAAACCGAUUGGGUUGGAAAGUUUAGUGAAGAUUUUAGGGGAACGCGUGCCUAAGGAAAGAUUCGAGGAGUUGGAGAGUAAGGCGACGACUUUGUCGUCGACUUCUGCAUCAAAUUUUCUCUUCGCCGUGGACCAUUGUUUCGCGGUGAAAGGGCAAGGCACGGUGCUCACCGGUACCGUUUUGAACGGGUCGUGUAAAGUAGGCGAUUUCGUGGAAAUUCCGCAUCUGAAAGAAGAGAAAAAAGUGAAAUCUAUGCAGAUAUUUCGAGAGUCGACGGAUAGGUGCGCCAGAGGCGACCGCGUAGGGAUGUGCGUGGCCGGUUUAGAUCCGGAAGGAUUAGAAAGGUUCUUAGUAUCUUCACCGAAAACGGUCCCGACGUUUGACCGGGCAAUCGUAAGUUGCGAGAAGAUUCGUUUGCAUAAAAGUGAAGUGAAAUCGAAAGCAAAGUUUCACGUCACAGUUGGACAUCAAACGGUCAUGGCCAAGGCGAUUUUCUUCGGCGACGCGAAUAGUAGUAGCGGUAGUAGUAGUAGUAGCAUUAGCGCCGCCUUGACUAGUGAAACGCUCGCAGGUGCAGUAGGGACGCUCUCGUUGAGUAAUGGCGAUACCGGCGGAAACAAUAAAAAGCAGGAAUUUGAUCGUCAACGAGAGUACGCGUUAGCGAACGAGUUGCUCCACGUGAGCGAAGUCGUGAAGAAAGAAACAGUCGCGGCGGAAGACGAAAAGAACAACGACUCUGAGAAUCAAAACGAAGAUGAAGAAGACGAGGACACCGCGAACGUGUUCGCCAAGUACUGCUACCUGGAAUUUGAGAAGCCCGUCACUGCUCCUGAAAAUGCACUUUACAUAGCCUCAAAACUCGACGUUCCAGAAGGUUCCAACGUGUGUCGACUGGCGUUUUUUGGCAAAACGCUCUCCUGCGCCGACACCUCCAAAUCACCAAAUUUCGCCGAAGAAAACUUACGUCUUUUCUCCGUAAAAUCACGCAAAGGUACAAUCGAACGUGCAGAAAGCGACAAUCGCACGUGCGUUUGUAAAGGCAUGUUCAAAAAAGAAUCCGAUUUGUCCAGUUUCCGAAACAUGUUGGUUUGGAUGGACUCGAGCGCCGGCGGCGCGAGAGGUCGCAUCGAAGGCUCUUUCGGAAAGACCGGUAAGUUCAAAGUCUACUUCGAGAAGGAAAUCGAUAUCAGCAACGCAAAAACGAGUCGCAAGAUUACCAUGCGAUUCAAACGAUUCGUCUACGACAAGAGCGAGAAGAGAAUCAUGGAUCAAACUGGUUUGUAG